AUGAAUUUUAACUUAAUGUAGGUUUCUUUAGUACAUGUCGUUAAGAGAGGUCUUAUGACUAUGUCAAAAUCUGGCAGAUAAUUUGCUAGAGAUAAGCCCUUAGAAGAAUUCAUUCCUAAGGGUUUGGAAAAGUUAAAAUAAAAGGAAUAGGUUACUAUAAAUACCAACUAUAAAGCAGGAUUUACUAGUGAAGAAUUAGAACCUUAUAACGAAAUGGUUAAGAGAGCAUUAAAAUUAAAUAAUGCUUCUCCAUUUGAAAUUACUCAAUUUAAAGUUCAACAAGCUAUUUAAAAAUUCAAGGUUUCUCCUAGAGAUACUGGUUCUGCCGCUAUACAAGUUGCUGUUAGAACUGAAAAGUUAAUUAAAAUGAUUAAGCACUGCCAAGAAAACAGAUAAGAUAAAUAUGCAGGAAGAGCUUUAGUUAGAUUAUUAGAACAAAGAAGAAAGUGGUUGGACUAUUUAAGAUUCACUGACUACCACCGUUACAAGUGGAUCUGUGAAGAAUUCUGUAUUCCUGAUCAACCUCCUCUUAAUGGUCAUCAUAAGGCUAACUUUAGAGGUGAACCUAAUAGACAAGUUAAAACUAUUUGA